AGGUAAGCAACCCGGCCGACGCACCUCCUUUCCUUUGACGAAAACGAUCCUGGAAAUUUACCACCACCGGCUGCCUCGUAUUAAGUGCCCCUACACAUACGGCGACUCCAGAUUCCUGCGGCUCUGAAAGGGCUUCUUAUCACGCAUCGCCGCCCGUUCUUGCGGUAUAUUUGCAGGCGGGCUGGAAACCAAAGGCAGGCGGUCCCUGCGGCCGAGAAUGGCUCACCGAAAUUGAAGCUCAUUCGGUGGACACGUUCCUCUCCGGUGACGCGGCGUGCCCGUUAGCGUUGGCGCGGAGGUGAAACGCGUCAUUCCCGAGGAAGGCCCGGCGCCUCGCCAGGUGCCGUCGUCCUCUACGUGAUCUCAUGAAAAAUGGAGGCGCACGGACUGUUGCCUGCGCACCGGGACGAAGCGCGCGCACAAUGCACGAGCCCGGGAGCAUCGGGACGCGCCCGAUAACCGCCUCCAGCGGAGCGCUGCGACCAGCGCGCCUAGCACGGAUGCGAGAGUUGAUCCGCGACGGUUGAGCCCUACAGACCUGGCCUUGCGUUACGCGGUUCUUGCAUCUGCCUCGGCGAGGAACACACGCGGCUGCGCCGGCAUCCAGAAUCGUCGAGUGUCCCCAUACCGAGAGGGUGGGCGCUGUUUCUCAAUGGCGCGACCUCGUGGCGGAGCCGUGUUGUGGCUGGCGGUGCUCCUGGAAGCGACGGCUGUCCGUGCCAUGGUCAUGCCGGGACUUUGCCCGACGCUAAAGGAGAAGGACGAGUUUGACCUUCACAGGUUUAUGGGCACAUGGUUCGAAGUUCUCAGGACGCCGUUCAUCAUCGAAUACAUGGUUAAAUGUGUGAGAUUUCAUUGCUUGGACAAAGGCGAAGAAAACAGCGUGGGUCUCAAAGUGCUCGGCGAGAGGACGCCUGUUGCCGCAGUAUUUACCAGCGGUGACAGAGGGGACAGCCUGUCCAUUGAUGGAGAAAUACUUACGAGAGACGCCAACAGCCCAUACGGAAUAAGGCUGAAAGGAGCCUCCUUCCAGUAUGCUUCUCCCAUGAUAGUCUUGGACACAGACUACGACAGUUACGCCGUACUGUGGGCAUGCGAGAACAACAUCAUCAGCGGCAUUGUUCGCAGAGAAAAUAUUUGGGUUCUCUCAAGGGCACCGACGUUAAAUACAACGAUGCAAAACUUGAUUAUGGACCACUUGAAGAAGCAGACCUACAGUACCUACUUUCUCAUGCCGACAGAACAAAAGACAUGCAAGGGCCAUCCUGUACAAAAAGAUGCUGCUGCAAAAGGCUCAAGCGGAGAAUAAAACACGGUUCUUAUAAAAGUUACAGGUGGAUAUUAUUCAAGCUCAUGCACUUCCUCAAACGUGUGCAUAAAACUCAGUUAUGAAGAACACUUAAAUGAACAGGGGACUUUGAAGUAAUGUUAGGCGUCCUGCGCUCAAGGCACAUUUGGUGGACAUAUUUGGCGUAUGAGCACAAAACCGGACAACCACAAAGAACACAAAAUAGUGCAUGCACAGACACGCCACACACGAAAGCGCAAAGCGUAUGACGUACGCGUCCAACACAUCGUACAUACAAGUGACACAAAACGGAUGAACUUUAUUUUUCAGUGUGAGCUUAAUGAACAGAUGAGAACUUAGGAGCUACACAUCACAAAUACAUCAGAGUCGAUGGCUGCGCCCGGAAAACGCAAGGAAGUGCAAGGACAAACAAUAAAAGCAGAAAUUGACUAGCACACCAUACCUAUAGACACGAACCUCACGGUAAGGUUCCGUCAUAUUUAACGUUACUGAUUUGCUACACAUCAGUCAGAGAAGUGGAGUCAUGUUAUGUAAGUAUUUACAUUUCAACAAAGUGGCCAUGCUCACUGAUGACGAAGAAAAUAAGCGAAGAACACAUGAUUUAAUUAAAGUAAGGACUGAGCCCUGACUAGUGCUGCCUCGGAGGUGAACGGAAAUUGAGCGCGCUCGUAGAAUGGCUUCGAGGAACUCUGGGUUCGAGUUGUGGCGUGUUUAUUCAAAUUCAUUUCAAAUAUACUUUCUUGUUUAAUAACUAAGCCAUGCUUAUGCUGACAAAAGUGACAAAAGGAAAACAAAUAGAUCCUCUAAAACAUUUAAUCGCACUUUCGUGCGUAGAAUGCUUACGUAGGUAGGACAAUGACUGAAGGUAGGCUAGAACUCAAGAAAAUGUCAUCUUAUGAUUAAGCCUUGGAUGAAAAAAAAUGUGUGGCAGAAGUUCGCCUGUAAACAGCAGCCUAUGCGUUAUGAGGGGCUGGAAUUCAGUGUGAAGCUUAUCUGGAACCCGCUGAAUUUGGUCCUGAAGAAUACCGCAGGAAAGAGGUAGAGAAAACAUCUUUGUUUUGAUUUCCUCUUUGCCAAUAGCUAUCGGCAUAAGGGGGCAAUCAAGCUGUCUUAGCCUACCAGGUGUUCCUGCCGCUUGACCUAUUACAUAGUGCUCCUCACGCACGGAGGACAUUUGUGCGUUUCUGGCAUACAAAUUAUCAGUCGCACGCCCCCCCACUACUUAGCCCGCACGCACGCCCUUCAAUGGUCUCUGUUCGCCGGUGCUGGUUCUUAUUGCCAGAAAAAAAGAAUGUUUUUUUUCUUCUCUUUAUUUUAUUGAUCGGUAUAUAAUUAUGGCGGAAAGCGAGGAAAGGAACAUUCUUGUUGGACCUCGGUACACUGGUCAGUUUCUUUGGAUUUGUCUUUCCUAGUAUGCUGGCAGUGAAUUAAAAUGAACCUUGUCAGAACAUGCACCAGCGUUGCAUCAGCAAAUAUCUGAGAAAGACAGUACUCACGCGAAAUUUGUAGUCCAGAGCACGCUGACUGCAAAACCAUGAUCGAAGCAAAUAAAACAACUUGAUUUCAUUUGAUAUAAGCCGGUAUCGACUAAUUAUGUUUUAGGAACGUAGUGAAGAGUAACGCUUGCUUAAGCUACCUGGUCCCACACCCUGAAUAUGCAUCGAGGUUACUGUUCUUGCACUCGCUGGCCACAUUACCAGUUUGCUUUGUCACGCAAAGUAGGUAUUUUUGCGGUUGCUCACCAUCCCUCAAAAGAAAACGUACUGCAGACUCUGAGCCAACAUCACACACAUCGGAGUAGGACGGGUUCUAUUGCUCGAUUUGACGAAAGGAAGUUUCUGCAUUGUAACACAGCAAUGGCGCAGUGCACGCGCCUCUGAGUGUGUUUCAAAUAUGUUUUGUAGUAUUUAGGCUCAUUUUGCCCGUUCAAAUUUUUUUAAAUCCUAAAACGCGAGCACUCAGGAAGUUUUCGGUCACACAUUUUAUUGUAGAAUGCACCGGGAGGAAAUUUGAGUGAAAUUCAGCAAGGCUGACCCGGUAGUGCCGUAAAAAUUAAGACGAUGCUACGAACAAAUCAACGAGCCAGGUCAUGAUAGCAUAUAAAACUUCGUUUCGGUUAUUGUGAACAAAUUUGUUAUUGUAACCUUUAGCGUCUCUAUGCACCACUGUCCUUAUUAAAAUUAAGGUAUUCAAGAUUUCUUAGUUGCGUAAGCACUGAAUUUUCCGCUGACUAUGGAACUUACCAUGCGAUAUACAGAUUCACCCUUUGAUUCACAAAAAUACGUUUCAGGCCAGUUACAUGAACAUUCAAAGAUUUGUACGUGAACGAUUAAUCACACAUAGGGCCGCUUGUUAUUU